AGAAAGAUGGUUAGAAUAGUUGGAACAUAUAGUUUCGUGUUCGUAAUAAAAGCGAUGAAGCCGUGAAUGUUUGACGUGGAAAUGAUUGAAGUGAACAUUAUUAACCCAAAAACAGACACGACAACUACCUGUCUUUUGUUUCAUACCAGUUUUGUUUGUUCAGAACUUAAUGCAUUUCCUUCAAAUUUGGUUCCUCCAAGGUCUAUAAAAAUGUUCAUGCAAUCAUCACCAUCAUCAUCACUUCAACAUUCAAUUCCUCAAUCACUUCUUCAUCAAUUGAAACUGACGAAUAAUAACACAAAAUAAAAAUGGCGGCAGAAAUGGGCAUGUCCAUGCAAGCAGGAAGCUCCAGUUACUUGGAGAUGCAUCCUGAACGCAAAAUCGCUCUUUUCCAGAAUCCUUACAUCCUUGGAAUCACUUUCGCCGCAGGCCUAGGUGGUCUUCUGUUCGGCUACGACACUGGCGUGGUGUCAGGUGCUCUUCUGUACAUAAAAGAGGAUUUCGAGGUGGUUAGGAAUAGUAGCUUUCUUCAGGAAGUGAUAGUUGGGAUGGCGUUGAUUGGUGCAAUAUUCGGUGCUGCGAUUGGUGGUGUGAUCAAUGAUAAUUUGGGACGUAAGAGUGCAACUAUCAUUGCAGACAUAUGCUUUGGCGCAGGGUCAGUAGUAAUGGCGACCGCACCAAAUCCUUACGUGAUCAUAGCAGGUCGUUUUCUGGUGGGUCUGGGUGUUGGUGCUGCCUCUGUCACUGCUCCUGUCUAUAUUGCAGAAGUAUCACCAUCUGAAAUAAGAGGAGGAUUAGUGAGCGCAAAUACUCUUAUGGUUACUGCUGGACAAUUUCUCUCCUAUGUCAUCAAUUUUGGCCUCACCAGAGUUCCUGGAACAUGGCGUUGGAUGCUUGGAGUUGCAAGUUUGCCAGCAGUUCUUCAGUUUGUCCUCAUGGCCUUUCUCCCAGAGUCCCCCAGAUGGCUUUACAUGAAGAACAGGAAAGAGGAAGCAGUUGGUGUGCUCUCUAAGAUUUACUCAUCACCCCGGUUGGAGGACGAGAUUGCAAUUCUGGAAGAACUCCUGGAGCAGGAACGCAAGAGUGAGGCGAAAGUGAAGUACAGUGAUGUUUUCAGGAAGAAAGAGAUUAGAUCUGCAUUCAUUUGUGGGGGUGGACUUCAGGCUAUUCAGCAGCUUAGUGGUAUCAGCAUCAUAAUGUACUACAGCCCCAUAAUCAUUCAGAUGGCUGGCUUCAGAUCAAACGAAUCAGCUUUGUUCCUCUCCCUCAUUGUUUCUGGCAUGAACGCAGCAGCCACAAUUCUAGGCAUCUACCUCAUUGACAUUGUUGGGCGCAAAGUGCUGGCUCUUUCUAGUUUGUCUGGUAUGACUGUGUCUUUGGUCGUUCUCUCCACAACUUGCUACCUCAUGGGACAUGGCAACGCAAGUCAAACACUUGGAUGGAUUGCUAUCUUGGGUUUGGUUUUGUAUAUUCUUUUCUAUGCCCCAGGAAUGGGUCCUAUGCCAUGGAUUGUGAACUCAGAGAUUUAUCCUCAGGAGUAUAGGGGUUUGUGUGGUGGCAUGUCAGCAACCGUCAACUGGAUUUGCAGUGUGAUAAUGUCCACCAGCUUCCUUUCAGUGGUUGAUGCCAUAGGGCUUGGUCAGAGUUUCAUGAUUCUUUUGGGAGUAUCCGCCAUUUCAAUUGUUUUUGUGAUCUUUUUGAUGCCUGAGACCAAAGGGUUGACGUUUGAAGAAGUGGCAAACGUUUGGAACGAGAGAGCCCAUGGAAAGGACAAAAACGUGCAAAGCCUUGCUGAGAACGCAGCUUUGAGUUCCUAGUUAUUGUACCAAUCUGAGCAAUCAAGCUCAUCCUCUCUGUUGAGUUAUCCAUGUUUUGUGUCCUUGAAAUUUUAAUUCAAAGUCUUGGAAAGAUAUUUUCAUUUGGGUUACUAAUGUCGAAUCGUUUUGCUCAUUUAUUAUGAGAUCUCUCUGUUAUAUACAUUCUCUUUCUGACAUUGCUCAAAGAUCAUACUUCACAUAUGAUCAUAUUCGUUUCAGUUCCAGAUGUUUAAGCAGCUGUGUUAUAUUCAACAGUUAUAAAUUAAUCAACGGUAACCUUAAAAAAACAGUUUCCUUUCAAUUAACAUUUCUAACAAAGAAAACAUAAAAACGUUAAUGUCUUUAAAACACACUUCUACAAGAUAA